GAUGUUAAUAUUUAAAGUUCAACGGUAUCCGGAUAUUUCACCGCAAUUAACUCACCGCGCGACUAUUCACCGCCAACAUUUCACCGCAUUUACAACUCACCGCGUGCACAAUUUACCGCGCGUACAAUUCAUCACAGUUGAAAAAUGUUUAAACACAGUAUCUUAAAACCAAUUUUUCAGUCUAUAACUAUAUUUUAAAUUACGACAUUGCAUUUUUGACUUGAUGAGUUAUCUUACUGAUACAAAUUGAUAAUUCAUAAUAAUAAUAUCGAUAAUAAUAAUUUAAAUUCUAAAUUUAAAAAUUACCAGAUUGGCAUGCAUGUUAUACGAUUAAAUACGUUACUGAUUAUUGAAUUAUUGUAUCGGCAUCGUCCAGUACGUGUAUGGACGUUUACGAGAGUGUUACAAUUUUUAGUUAUGGAUAAUAUUUCGUAUAUAAAAAGUGAACGGGGUAAAAAUAAAUUAAUAUUAAAAGGGUAUAUUUAUAUAUUUGAAAAACAAGGUUUAAAUAAAUUAAUAUGGAAGUGCGAAAAUUAUCAGAAGAUAAAAUGUAAAGGACGUUUACAUGUUUGUAAUGAGGAAGUUGUUAAAGAAUUUAAACACAAUCAUGUGCCGGACUGUGCAAAAGUUGAAGUAUGCAAAGCAAUCAAUGAAUUGAAAGAAAAAGCUAUCGAACGACCAGAUUUAAGAACACGUGCAGUUUUAGGUUCAAUUUCGACGUCUUUGACUACUUCAGCAACAGCGCAUUUACCUAAAUUAAGUUCUCUUAAACGAACAAUUCGGCGGAUAAGAAAUGAGGAAGAUACUUCACCACCAAACCCAAAAUCACUCAGUGAUUUAAUGAUUCCCCAAAAGUACCAAUUGACGAACGAUAAACAACCAUUUUUGUUGUAUGAUAGUGGUCCAGGAGAAGACCGAAUACUUUUAUUUUCGACCGAACGAAAUUUACGUCUUAUGGAAAACUGUAAACAUUGGUAUGCUGACGGAACAUUUUCGACAUCGCCUUCAUUGUUUACUCAAAUAUAUACGAUACAUGGUGUACAGUACAGUAAUGUUUUCCCAUCGGUGUUUGCAUUAUUACCAAAUAAAAUGGAAUCUACAUACUGUCGUCUAUUCGAAGCAUUGAAAUCAAUAAAACCGGAAUUGAAUCCGGAUACAAUUAUGAUUGAUUUCGAGAAAGCUGCCAUGAAUGCCAUUUCAAAAAAAUUUCCAGUUACAAAAAUUCGUGGCUGUUUUUUUCAUUUUACACAGUCUGUUUGGAGACACGUUCAACAAGCUGGACUUCAACAACGGUACACUGAAGAUUCAGAAUUCGCUCUUCAAAUAAGAAUGAUGACCGCCCUUAGUUUUGUACCUGUAGCUGAUGUUGAACAGGCUUUUAAUGAUUUGAUGGAUACUAGUUACUACACAGCACACGAAGAACUUUUAACUCCAAUGGUUAAUUAUUUUGAAGACACGUGGAUUGGUCGAAUGGACCGUAGGAAUAGAAGAAAGCCAGCCUUAUUCCCGAUCAAUUUGUGGAACUGUUAUGCUUAUUUAGAAGAAAACAUUCCAAGAACAAAUAAUUCUGUCGAAGGUUGGCAUAAUAGUUUUUCAUCCACAUUAAAUGUAAUUCAUCCAAGUAUUUGGAAGUGUAUUGAGGCAUUUAAAAAAGAAGAAUCUUUAAAUAAAAUCCACGUUGAACAAUUAAUAGCUGGGUAUUCUAUCGGUGUUAAAAGAAAAUACAAAGACUUUGCUGAAAGGUUAAAAAAUGUGUGUGAUGACUAUAAUAAUAGAAUAACAGAAGAUUAUUUAAGAGGCAUAGCCCAUAAUUUUCAGUUAAAUGUUUGAUUAUUGAGUAUUUAUUAUUGUAUUAUUAUUUGAGUAAUUAUUUAUUGUAAUAUAAUUUUUUUUUUGACUGACAGUAUAUAAAUGUAUUUGUAUGAACUAUUUUUUAAUUUUUAAUUGAAUGUAAUAAACUUUACUAUAUUAUUUUUUUUUUGGAAAGUAUAAUAUAAAUGUAUUAAUUGUAUUAAUUAAUUUUUAAUUUUUAAUUGAAUGAACAAUAAUUAUUAUACUA